CUCCGGGCGCGAUGCAGAGAGCCGGAGGCGGCGGCGCCCCGGGGGCCGGCGGCGGGGGCGGCGGGGGCCCGGGCACUGCCUUCUCCAUCGACUCGCUGAUCGGCCCGCCGCCGCCGCGCUCCGGCCACUUGCUCUACACUGGCUACCCCAUGUUCAUGCCCUACCGGCCGCUCGUGCUGCCGCAGGCGCUGGCUCCCGCGCCGCUGCCCGCCGGCCUCCCGCCCCUCGCCCCGCUCGCCUCCUUCGCCGGCCGCCUUACCAACACUUUCUGCGCCGGGCUGGGCCAGGCCGUGCCCUCGAUGGUGGCGCUGACCACCGCGCUGCCCAGCUUCGCCGAGCCGCCCGACGCCUUCUACGGGCCCCCGGAGCUCGCCGCCGCCGCCGCGCGAAACAACCCGGAGCAGGGCGGCCGACGCCCGGAGGGCGGGCUGGAAGCCGACGAGCUGCUGCCGGCCCGGGAGAAAGUGGCAGAGCCCCCGCCGCCCCCGCCUGCGCACUUCUCAGAGACUUUCCCAAGUCUGCCGGCAGAGGGGAAGGUGUACAGCUCCGAUGAGGAGAAGCUGGAGGCCCCGGCUGGAGAGCCAGCAGGCAGCGAGCAGGAGGAAGAGGGCUCGGGCGGUGACAGUGAGGACGACAGCUUCCUGGACAGUUCUGCAGGGGGCCCGGGCGCCCUUCUGGGACCUAAACCGAAGCUAAAGGGAAGCCUGGGGACUGGAGCGGAGGAGGGGGCACCGGCGCCCACCGGGGUCAGCGCGCCUGGCGGGAAGAGCCGGCGGCGGCGCACGGCCUUCACCAGCGAGCAGCUGCUGGAGCUGGAGAAGGAGUUCCACUGCAAGAAGUACCUGAGCCUGACCGAGCGCUCGCAGAUCGCCCACGCGCUCAAGCUCAGCGAGGUGCAGGUCAAGAUCUGGUUCCAGAACCGCCGGGCCAAGUGGAAGCGCAUCAAAGCUGGCAACGUGAGCAGCCGCUCUGGGGAGCCCGUAAGGAACCCCAAGAUCGUCGUGCCCAUACCUGUGCAUGUCAACAGGUUCGCUGUGCGCAGCCAGCACCAACAAAUGGAGCAGGGGGCCCGGCCCUGACCCGAGGCCAGAUCUGAGGCUGGACUGCGCCCACCCUGGCCGGGCUCUGCGGACCGGAGGGACCCCGGCGGGGAGGGCUUCCCGAGCCUGAGACCAGAGACCUUCAGGACGAGGGGCUUCAAGGUCACGGGGCUCCGGCUCUACUCGCUAAGGAGGUGCUGGGCCGGGGAGGACUGCUCACGCAGUGCGGUUUUCAAUGCCCGGGCCUGAGGUUCUGUGGCUAAUGCCUGGGAACAGCUCCUGACCAAAUGGAGGAGCCCAGGGCGACACCAGCCAGGCGGAUGGCAGCUCCUUAUUUAUUUUAUGUAAAGUCUGUACAUACGGAGCUACGUGUCUGUCUGUCUGCACUCCUGAGAAGCAGCGGGAAAGUCGUUUUGUCAAGCUUCAGCCUGAGUUCAUCCAUCCUCGGCCCAGCUCCGGGCAGCACCUCGCCUCUCCAGUACAGGGCCGGGAAGAGAUGGCCGCAACCACGGGGAGCCUCCCAGGGAACUGCCGCUCCCUCACCCUGCCUCCCUGCGUGGCCGUGCUCCCACACACACCUCACCUCGUACUCCUGCCGGCCACCGUUCCCUCCCCCAGGUGAAGAGGACAGCUUCGUUUCUGAUGUCUCCUCUUGGGAAGAGGUGAGGGCUGACUUCAGGGCGAGGCUCACUCCCAUUUGCAUUAAGGCUAAAUGAAGCACUUGACCCUAGCUGGCUGGCCAGUCGGGAUAGCUAACCGGGUAGAGCCGGUCGGUGACUGGGGCGGGGUGGGGCUCGCUCACACUACCUGUGAGCACCUUGAGCUUUCUGUGCAGAGGACACAGCAACCGAGUGGCCUCUGCUGCCCUUUGCCAUUUCAGGUGUGAGGGCCGAAGCGUCAGAUGCUGUAGCCCGUCCUGUUACAGAACAAGACGGGGGCAGGGGUCACUGCCAGGUGGAUGGGACAGGAGCGAGUCUGUGAUGGUUCUGGAAGGGUGUGUGCUGUGGGGAGACUACAGAGCUAGGCUUUGGGAUUGGAAUCGUUAGCAGAUUAAGGAACAGCAUCAGUGGACAAAGGAAAUACCGGGAGCAGCGCUGUAAAGACAGCACUGUGUAGCUGCAGGUGGGGGGGCAGGGAAACCUGCGGAGGCUGGUGUCAUGGCAGGCCACCUGCUUGGGAAGAGCUGGGCUAUGGUGACUGGGGAGGAGAGCUAGUAUGAACAGGCCCUGGAGAAGGAAAACAGCAGGCUCAACCGAGGCAGGAAACCCAGCCCCACCGGCCCCCGUGCCUUCCUCAGAGGGCCCUGGAACUAGGGCUAGGCAACGUCUCAUUGACUCGUCUUACGGCAAGACAGAGGCUGCCCCUCCUUGGCGGUUCACUUCUCCCAAGGCAAGCAGCCCGGAGCUGUGACUGGUCAGUGACAAAAGAAAGGUCCAGCUGUGCAGUGACCCACAGGGCAGGUUGUCGGUGCCCCUGGGCUAAGUUUCAGCUGGGCUUCAGAUUUCAGCUUGAAGUAUGAAGUCCAAGGCUAACCCCCCCAGGACCUUAGACUCACCCUGCAUAGGGAACCAACGGGAUUAGGUUGUUUUGAGGAGGUAAGUCAGGCAGAGGUUGACAAUGACGGCUGUUGUCCCUUCAGCAGGGAACAGAGGCUCUGGCUCCACGUCCAGUGUGGAGGGCAAGCGAGCGCUGGGCAGAAAGGCUGGAAGGACCGGCCACCACCAAGGCCCCUGCUGCAUUUCCUCUGGCUGUGUGCCUGCGCCAGGCAGGGUCCUGCCAGCCCAAGCGGCUUGCCUUGAGGGUCUGGAGGUGGCUGUUGCUAGUAUUUCCCAAGUCCAGGAACCCAGUCCUACACACACCAUAGCCCUGUCUCUAUUCUGCCCUGAUCUACGUGUAAGGCUCUGAGCCUUG